AUGUUAGAACAUUAUAAAAGUGAACAACAUCAAAAUGCAAUAAUUACGUUUAUAUGUAGAGUUUUAUCAGAAUCAACAAAUGAUCAACCUGAGAGAGGCUCGGGAAUGGAUGUUGAUACACUACCUCAAACUACUAUAUUAUCAUCUGAUAAUGUAAAUAUUCAAUUACAAAAAGUAUGUCAAACAAUUGAUAUUCUUGCUGAUGGAGUUUCAACAUUGAAGGGAGAUACACAACGAUUGAGUCAUGAAUUACUUGAUAUACGAAAUGCUAUUGAUACAUGGAAUCGUGAUUUUUCUGCAUUGAAAAUAACUAUUCAAAAAGAACGUGUAUAUUUAGAUGGACUUAAAACUAAUCAGGAUGUUCUUAAUCAAGAUGUUGCAUCAUUAAAACAAAAAGUUGAUGCUAUGCAAUUUGUUUCUUAUGAUGGUACAUUAUUAUGGAAAAUAACAAAUUUUAGCAGCAAAAUGGCUGAUGCACAAUCUGAACGACAAACAUCAAUCUAUUCACCACCAUUUUUUUCUUCACCUACGGGCUAUAAAAUGAGAGCUCGCCUUUACUUAAAUGGAGAUGGAAAUGCUCGUCGUACACAUAUGUCACUUUUUUUUGUACUCAUGCGAAGUAAAUACGAUGCCAUUCUCAAAUUUCCAUUCAACUACAAAAUCGCAUUUUGUUUGUGCGAUCAAACUCCUCAACAAAAACAUAUUAUUGAUUCAUUUCGACCAGAUACCAAAUCAAAUAGUUUUCAACGUCCACGGUCUGAAAUGAAUAUUGCAAGCGGCAUUCCGAAGUUUUGUCCAUUGUCAAUAAUUCAACAAGUAGAAAAUCCAUAUGUCCGAGAUGAUACAAUGUUCAUUAAAAUUAUGGUUGAUUUUAGAAAUUUACACAAAACACUGUUGCCCUUUGCUAUGAGUCUUAAUUGGGGUCUACCAACUCAUGUUCGACAAAAGUUGAUCGAGCAAGAAAUAGAAAGAAGAUUGCAAGAAGACUUUCAAAAAUCCACUGAAACGAAAGAAGUUUGGUUGCUUUGA